UAGAAGGGUCGUAAAAAGACAGUUGUUGGGGUCUUCCUCUCUCUCUUGCUUCCCCUUUUCUCUCUCCCCGUCCCGGCGAUCGUUGGAUCGAGGUAGGCGCUGCAAUUGGUCGGAGAAGCUGCGAUUUGGGUCUCCGCGACGUUUCUCCGUCGGUUGGGCCGUAACGUUGGAUUGGUCCGGAGAGAACUUCUCGUUGACUUUUCUCGUCCUCUCGCGGUGGCGGAUCGACGCUAUCUGAUCUUGCUGUUCUUGGAUAGGUUGGGCAGGGGAUGGAGGUUAGAUAGGGAUUCAUUCAGAGAGGCGUAGGGAAAGUGGUGACUUGGGAGUGGAAUUUGGUCCAUUUGGAGAAGCUUGAGGUGUGACUGCUCAGAUUGGGGGAGGAGUGCCGGAGGGUCGAAGUCCCGGAAUUGACGGCGUUGAACAUGAGUGGGGGGAGCAGCUACGCGAGUUCAAAGAAGAUGGAGAGUGAUAUGAUUUCGGAUAAGUUCCCGGUGGGGAUGAAGGUCCUAUUGGUGGACGACGACUUGACCUGCUUAGCGGUGGUGAAGCGCAUGCUUCUUAAUUGCCAGUAUGACGUUACAACUUGUGCUGAGGCUACAAGAGCUUUAUCACUUCUAAGGGAGAACAAGGGCGUUUUUGAUCUGAUAAUUAGUGACGUCCAUAUGCCUGACAUGGAUGGAUUCAGGCUACUUGAAUUAGUUGGUCUUGAAAUGGACCUUCCUGUUAUCAUGAUGUCUGGUGAUACAAGGUUCAAUGUUGUGAUGAAAGGAGUAAGUCAUGGGGCCUGUGAUUUCUUAUCCAAGCCUGUCCGUAUGGAAGAGCUACAAAACAUAUGGCAGCAUGUUGUUAGAAGAAAAUGGCUUGACAACAAAGAUAUUGAACAUUCGGGUAGUGUGGAAGAAAGUGAACUCAACAGAAAUGUCACUGAUGAUUCUGACUAUGCUUCCACAGUGAAUGAUGGAAGGGACAACUCAUGGAAAUAUCAGAAAAAAAAAAGAGAUGCUAAAGAAGAUGAUGAUGGUGAACUAGACAGCGUAGAUCCAUCUUCAUCUAAAAAAGCACGUGUAGUGUGGUCAGUUGAGCUCCAUCAGCAAUUUGUCAAUGCAGUGAACCAACUAGGAAUAGACAAGGCUGUGCCCAAGAGAAUCCUGGAAUUGAUGAACGUUCCUGGUUUAACAAGAGAAAAUGUUGCUAGCCAUUUGCAGAAAUUCAGACUUUACCUAAAGAGAUUAAGUGGAGUAGCUCACCACCAAAAUGGUCUCACUAAUACUUUAUGCGGAGCUCCUUCAAAUGCAAAAGUGGAUCAGUUGGGAAGAUUUGAUUUCCAAACUCUAGCAGUUUCUGGUCAAAUUCCUCCAGAAACUCUGUCUGCCUUGCAAGAUGAGCUCUUAGGACAUCCAUCUUGUAGCUUAUCCAUUCCAUCAAUAGACCAGCCAGUAGUUCAACAAGUUCCAAUUCAAGGGAAAAAUUGUGUUAGUUUCGAGCGUGGAAUAACAUUUGGUCAACCUUUGUUGAAAGGUCAGGCAUUAUCUUCUUUUCCAGUUUGGUCCUGGAAUAGCCUUGGUGUCGUGACCUCUUCUAGCAAUAUUGGAGGUUUGAAUGCUUCUCAGAACAAUACGUUACACAUGACAAAGUUGGCACAACCACAUUCACAGACUGCACCAUCAGAGUCCAAUCAGGCAGUGAACGUGCAACCAUCUUGUUUAGUUUCCCAAACAAAACCAUCUAACAAUUUUCAACUUCAGGUGAAUACUACGCUUUUUAACCAGGACUCUGUUUUAGUCCCUUCUGAAUCCUCAGGUAGUUACCAAGCAGGAAGUGAUGCUACUCCACUGGUUGAAGAUUCUGUUGUAGUUUCUCCUCAAUCGUCAACCAGCUUGAAGAUAGAGAAUAAUAAUUUUACAAAUUUGAGAUCAACCACACUUCCUUCUCAGUCAUUGAUCAGCAUUUCAGUAGGGAAUAACCCUGGGUUUAUAAAUAAUGGUUCUGUGGUAAUCCCUUCUCAACAAAUAAACAAUUCUCAAGGUGAUUACAAUUCUUUUCCUGUCAAUCAGAAUUCCCUGAUAGUUCCAUCACAGCCUGCACACACAUUGAAGACAGAGAAAGAUGUCUAUGUGAAUCACGGCAUGAUUCUGAACAAAGAUAGCUCCCACAUUAAUUACAAUCGAAUGCCAAAAUCAAAUGCUGUAACAUCCAGCAUGGAACAAAUCAUAGACAGACACUUUCAUAGUUUGGCUACGCUAGUCUAUUCAGUUCCAGACACAAACACUUUGGACAUUUAUUCUAGCACAGGUAGCAAUGCUAGUUGGCAGCUGAAUAAUCCUGAGAUCAUGAUUGGUCAGUCUAAUGGGUCAUCUUGUGUUGUGCAUGACUCUUGCAAUUUUCAAGUCACGGAUGCAGUGUCAAGGAAACUGUUAGACAAAGGGCAAGGGAAUAAUCAUGAUUUUGUUAGUAAAAGUACUUACCUCCCAAGCCGUUUUGCUGUGGAUGACAUUGAAUCACUCACAAGUGAAUUGACUGACUGCAUCACUUACUCCGGAGAGGAUGCAAACAUAUUAAAUCAAGAUAUUUAUAGGGAACUUCAAAAUGGACCAUGUGCCUCUAGAAGUUACAAAUGAUUUCAUGUAUGUUUCAGUAGAUGCUUGGAUGGCCGAUUUUUAUUGACCAAGCAGAUUACUAGAGUCAGUACUCAUCCUCUCUUCAGUGAAAUGAAAAGUUUCAUGGGAUUCCUUUUUUUUCCCAGGUCAGCAAUGCAGCUAUGGGAAGUAAUUGGGGUGCUCUAGCAACAAGCCUCAGUUAUGGCAGUAGUUAUUUCUUUCAGCUCAUCAAGCAAAUAAUGGUUAUUUUUUAUUCUCUUUUCUUUGUUUUUUUUUUCUUUGCAAAACGAUGUGGUGUAUCAGUUUGGGAUGUGUUCGGCAGUCAUGUACUUACUGGUUAAAGGCGUGAAAGUUUAGUGUAAAUUAUGAUCCUUUUAUUCUCA